UCGUGGCGUGAGGGUGUGCUGGGCCGCCUCUCUCCACCUCUCCCCACGUUCCCUCGCCCACCCAACCUUCUCAGUGUUCAUAGCCUCUUAAUCUCUUAUGACACAUAAGAUCCCUCACUGUAGCCAAGUGUGACAUAUAGACAUAAUCGGCAGGCAAUAUGUGCACAACUUACACGUGUUGUGAAAGUUGGGUGGUUUGGGCAGCUGCUUGAAGUCCAGAUGAGGUGUCCUGUCGGUUAGAAUGAUCGCUCAUCCGAAAUAUAAAAUACUCCUCGGCUUAAUGACCUGGGCAACAAUGUGUGUGAUGUUCCUGGUGCUGUGGCAGGUUCCCGGGCCCGCCGCCCCCUCCACCACCACCUUGCCGCACGAGUACGUCUUGCCACCCUCGCCCCGCCCGCACGUCAGCAGUCACCGCUACCUCCAGAGUCUACAUACCUUCCAAACCCUCCAGAGAUCUGAUACAUCUGGAGAACGCUGGAGAGGUUCUGGUCUCACGGGUCAUACUACUGGUGACGAAGGCAACACUAAUGCCCUCUACCAACCGAGGCUCCCUGACUCCCUCCAGGGUAAUAAUGGCUCCUCCUCUGAGUAUUCCAGAGGGCGUCGAGAGAUCGUGAACCCCCGGCGUGCCCACAUGCCUCUGGGAAGACAUGGCAUACCCUGGCAUCCAGUGCCCCACACCUCAAGCCACCACCACUACCCAAUCCGGCUUUUGAGCUCAGAUUACCUACAUGAUAUCAGGGCUGGAACUUUGAUGUCACCUAUUAAGACAAGGCUGCGGCAUAAAGAAUUCAUAAGGCCAGAAAGAUUGGAAUCCGAAAUCAGUCAUAAUGAAAAGGUAAUGAUUGUAAUGGCCGGUGAAAAACAGACUUUCCUUAAGGAAACAAGCACAGAUGACCAUGUUAGUGAAAAGGACAAUUCCAGUGCAGCCACAGUGGAAUAUGAAAGGGGUGGGGACCCACAAGUGGUCUAUACACAGAGGAAAAAUGCUAGUGAACUUGUGGAGAGACUCGGCCAGAGUGAUGAUGAGGUAAAGGAGUACAUUUUGAAGGUGGGUGAAUACACCGGAGGCAGACACAAUGCUACGCCCAUCGGUGCCUCUCUCCUGGUCUACAACAGGAUCCCCAAGUGUGCCUCUUCCACCAUGCAGACCAUCCUUAGAAGACUGUCACGUCACCUGGGGUUUGAUCACGUGUCCUCACUCAUCUACGACAAGCGCCAGCUGACUCAGGAGGACCGUGAGGAGUUGGUAGACAACCUCACCACCUCCAUGAACUCUACGCCCUCCCACACCCUCAGCUACGAUAGACACAUCUACUACACAAACUUCACAGAAUUGGGUAUGGACCGGCCAGUCUACAUAAACAUCAUCCGUGACCCAGUGGAGAGGUUCAUCUCGUCCUUCUACUACAGGCGCAGCCAAGAGAGACUCAACCGUAUACAGUCUCGAGGCCACCGGACCACUUUCUCACCCAACUGGGUAAACAGAACCGUGGAGCAGUGUGUGCUGUACAAUGACACCGAGUGUUUGUUCCUCCCCGGGGAACACAAGGAAACAAUUGUUACAUACUUCUGUGGCCACCACACCUUCUGCCGGAUACUCGGACAUAAAGAUGCUCUACAGGUUGCUAAGAAAGUUGUAGCAGAAGAAUACAGUGUUGUUGGAUUGGUGAAAUACAUGGCUCUCUCUCUCCAUCUCAUGGAGACCCUUGUGCCUCGCUACUUGACAGGAGCUCUGCAAAUAUAUGAAAAUAUAAGACAAAGGGAGCAUAUUAUAGUCAACAAAAAUCAAAGGAAACCUGAAGUUCCCAGAGCAACUCGAGAAGAACUGCUGAGAAGAAUGACCGAUGAUGUGGAACUCUAUCAUUUCCUGUUGCAACGACUUUAUGAACAGAAGAAAAUUUUCCUCUCCAAGCAGAGUUAAAAUUGGAAUAAAUAGUGUCAACAUACAUGUACAUAAGCAAGAAUGAGAAGUUUGCUUAUCAAAAUUGGUUGUAAGCUACAAUAAAAAAAAAAGUAAUUAUCACUGCAGAUCUUACUUCAUCUACAAUGUACUACUGUCAAUUCACAACUGAAUGGUCCCGGGUUUGAUUCCUGUGCAGGGUACCAAUUUACUGCAGGGUGAAUAGAGGCAUGUAGUGUAAGAAAACUUGAAUAAAUGUCUCAUCCUGACCAUGAAUCAAACCUGGAACCAUUAAAUUGUAAGUUGACUAUGCUGACCAUAGAGUAAACUUUAUUUGAAGAAAUUUUUUUUCCUGUGGGGGUUUUAUCAAAUCAAAUUUAUUAAAGCCCAUACAGGUAUGUGUUAUUUUCAAGUCUCCUCUGAUCUUGGCAUUUCUGUAUAUCAAGUCAGCAUUUUGUACUUCAUUUAUUUGUCAACCAAACAAUGUUCAGUCAAAUUUUGGGAUAAGGCACACCUGAUCUGGAUUUUUAAAUGAAUAAGGGCUUGCCUUCCAUGUAUUUUACAGAACUGUUAUACUGAAGUGCAAAUCCAAAUUUCAAAACACUGUAGAAACUUUUAUAAUUGCUGUUUAGGUACACAUAUGGUGUACGCGCAUCUAGAAAGGAACCUAAAGGUAAAGAUUUUCACUUAUCUGUGACAUCCUAAACAUUUGACCAAUGGUAUUUUUAUACCCUUUCAUAUCUUAUCAAAGUAACCAUACAUUCCCAUAGUUGCUUAAUAUUAUUUCUAGAAAUUAUUUUGUAAAGUUAUUACGAAAAAGCUUUACACCAGCCAUUGUAAUACACUAUGUAUUCAUUAUACGCUUUCUCUCUAAUAAUUUGGACCCAAAUGGCAUACAUAAUUUGUAUUCAGAUCUUUUAGUACAAUAUUUUUGCAAGUCAAAUAGGCUUAUAAUGUUCAAAAUAUAAACAUUGCAUGCCUAUAGGUCAUAGCAGUGAAGCUGAAAUAAGAAUACAGUACAAUACAGGUACUGUAUAUAUUUUUUUUAUAAGAACAUUUUAAUAACCAAUUCUGAAUUAAUAUUGUCACUUUUGAUACAUUUAAUUUGAAAAUGCUUGAUAAAUGUGUUGUUUCAAUGUUUAAUAAGGUCUAAACAGAGUGAAAGUAUAAUGACUGACAUAAGAUACAAAAGCUUUUAACUAAGAUUACUUGGUUAUGUGUAAUUUAUAUUAUAUUGAUAUAUUUCAUAUUGAAAUAAAAUUAUUUUACUA